GGCAACAGAGCGAGACAGUGCAUAGUGAUUGACAUACCGGGCGAAGGGGAGACAGAGCCUCGCCUCCAAGUCCCCCGCAGCAUGUGAAGCAGGACAGCAGUCGCGACAGGUACAAGGCUCUACGAUGAUUGCUAUCAUCUUUCUUUUGCUCUACCUGACAGCGAUUGCGGAGGGGCAGCUGCAGCAACUGCAGCAACCACAGCAGCUGCAGCAACUGCAGCAACCACAGCAGCUGCAGCAACUGCAGCAACAGCAGCAGCUGCAGCAGCUGCAGCAACUGCAGCAACCGCAGCAGCUGCAGCAACUGCAGCAACCGCAGCGACAGCAGCAGCAGCAGCCUCCAGUGGGCGAUGCAACACAGUCCUCGCCUCCUAGCUACACGGUGGAGCUGCUCGUGGUCGUCGACAAGCGAGCAUAUGAUGUGUGGUAUGAAAAGACCCCUGGCCCGACAGUGGGGGAGAGAAAAAGUGAGACAGGACGCACAAUCACUGACUACAUCAAAGCCGUUAUUACUGGGAUGAACAACCUGUAUGAAACCAUGAAAACUUACGGGAUUAGUCUGGAUGUUCGGUUGAAGCAGAUCUACUUUUUAACCACCGACCUGUGGGGCAAACAGGCCUUGAGGCCAGGCUACCGUGAUCAAAUCAUCAGCAACAAGGCCCUCGACAUGUUCUACGCCUGGUCAGUGAAGGCCCGCGAGAACUCUCUGAUCAAACCCUUCGACCAUGCCAUGCUUAUAACAGGAUACAACAUACUUGACCCCAAAGACCCCAACAAGCUUACAUCAGGGGUGGCUUACAAAGGAGUGAUUUGCAAGUACGGCAGUGUCUCCGUGAUAGAGAACAUCUUUACCUACCAGAUGAUUGACACUACCGCCCAUGAGCUGGGACACAGCCUGGGAGCCGACCAUGACGGCGAGAACAACAACUGCAACAUGGCGGACGGGUACGUGAUGACCUCGCGCACAGAGAUCAACUCCACUAACCGCUGGAGUUUCUCCCCCUGUUCAGUCAACGCCAUCAAAAGCAACAUCGCUCAGCUAGACUCGCUUGGUGCUAAUUGCCUGACAGACACUGUCAUAUCGCCGACACCACCACAAGAACUGGGAGAACUGUUUUCCCCUGACCAGCAGUGCCGCUUAUUGAAGGGCCCGGAGGGAUUUUUGUGUAGGGAUUUCUAUGACUCGACAGACUCCUACUCCAAACUUUGCACGUCGAUGUGGUGUUCGAGAAGCCCCACCGAUGCCGUCUGCCAGAACCACAUCGCCUCGGACGGUUUUGUCUGCGGCAACAGAAAGACAUGCCAGCGUGGUGAAUGUCUUCCCAAUCCUCAAGCACCGGAAGUAUCAGAUAGCUGCCCUCAAGGAGACGAGCCCGGCAAAGUGUAUAGGGACCUCUCGUGCAGUGACCUCGCCCGCCGUGAACCCUGGCUGUGCUACAACUACCUCGUUCGGCGCAAGUGUUGUGUCAGUUGCCCAAGUGUGAAGGACGAUGCGGAAGGGUGCGAGUACGGGGACAAGGAAGCUUGGUGUUCCACCACCAUGAAGUACCCGUAUGAUUGCUACUACAAUGCCAAGACCUGCUGCAAGUCCUGCCGACAAUACCGCCGAUCUGACACGCCAGGAUGUGAGUACGGUGAUCAGAGUGCAGACUGCAGCACCAAACUGACAUUACCUGUGGGAUGUUACCAGAACGAAAAGCUGUGCUGCGAAAGCUGCGCAAAGGCCAAGUCCACGACAAAUCCAGACUGCCCGUACGGAGACAAGAGCAACUGGUGCAAAGAGAAGCUGCUGGUGCCGAGAGGCUGCUAUCGCAACAAGGCGCUUUGCUGCGACACCUGCGCACCAUAUGCCAACCAGACUGAGCCCACCACUACCCGCCGCCCUACGCCCCCUCCUGUCCCCACUUCUUCUGCGAGGUCCGCUUCUGGUUCAGUGGAUGGACCCUCUUCUAGUUCUACUAGCGGACCUACUUCAAGUUUCGCUAACGAACCCUCUUCUGGUUCUUCUAACGGAUCCACUUCUGGUUCUGUUAACGAACCCGCUUCUGGUUCUAUUGACGGAUCCGCUUCUAGUUCUACAAACGGAUCUACUUCUGGUUCUGCUAACGAACCUGCUUCUGGUUCUACUAGUGGAUCCACUUCUGGUUCUGUUAACGAACCCGCUUCUGGUUCUACUAGCGGACCCGAUUCAGGUUCUACUAGUGGAUCCGCUUCAGGUUCUACUAGCGGACCCGAUUCUGGUUCUACUAGUGGAUCCCCUUCUGGUUCUACUAGCGGACCCGCUUCUGGUUCUACUAGUGGAUCCGCUUCUGGUUCUACUAGUGGAUCCGCUUCCGGUUCGCCAUCUGGCUCUGCUCCUACAGCAAGCGCUGACACUGGCUACAAACCUUCUCGCGGCAUCGUUUCCAGUGAACCCAGUGAACCCAGUGACCCGGACUGCAUCUCUGGUGACCGUGACCCGGCCUGGUGUCAGGAGCGCGUGCCGUACGGCUGCUACAACUCCACCGUGGCCGCGAGGUGUUGCAAGUCUUGCAAACCGUCUCCGGAUGCCGUUACCAAAGGAUGCGAGUACGGGGAUCACUCCAAGGCCUGCGAGAAGCUGAUCUUCCCUUACGCCUGUUACAAGGGAAGUAACGCGGACAUCUGCUGUUACACGUGCGGGCUGUUCCUGGAUGCGUCGAGGACAAAUUGUCUUUAUGGAGAUAAGAAAAACUGGUGUCACAAGCUUCGGAUGAGGUUCACCAAUGACAAGUGGUGUCCCAAUGAUAAGGAGAACGGGCACUGUUGUGGUACCUGCCUGUACAACCAGACUGCCGUUCCAGCUACCGGAUUGAAAAUCAGAGACCAAGGAGUUCCAACACCCCUCGGGUAGAAGAAGGAAGUCUUUAAUGUCAGAAGGUGUAAGGGUGAGAUCCGAUUUGAUGUACGCGGGCAGGCGCAGAGCAGCAAAUGAGAUUGGUCAAGCAUGAACAUCACGACACUGACAUCUUGUCACGUGGUGCUCGCGUGUCACCAAAACAGACCGAUAGUAGUACAAUAAAUUGGGAAAUGAAAACAA